UGAUGAGAGGAAGGAGGCAGAGGAGGACCCUCGCCACCAGUGAGGAACAAGUCAGAGGCGCAGAGGAGAGAGUGGAGUCUGGGUGCUUGUAUGCAAGUGAGGUGAAGAGAGAGAGAGACCCUCCUCUCUGCGGGUCAGCCCAUGACAGAAGAUGAAGAACCAUAUCACCAAUGCCAUCUCCGACUUCUUCUUUGAGUAUGAGACCCCCCGCCAGGUGUUGGUCAGGAACAGGAGGGUGGGAGUGGUGUGCCGUGUGAUCCAGCUGGGGGUCCUGGCUUACAUCAUUGGGUGGGUUUUCAUCUAUGAGAAAGGCUACCAGUCCACGGACACGGCAGUCAGCUCCGUCUUCACCAAAAUGAAAGGCGUGGGCUACACCAUUGUGAAUGGAGAUGAGAGAGUCUGGGACGUGGCUGACUAUGUCUUCCCAUCGCAGGGGGACUCAUCAUUUGUGGUGAUGACAAACUACAUCAUAACUGAAGGUCAGACCAUGGGAAAAUGUCCAGAGCUCAGAGGCAAGAACAAUUGCAGCUCGGACGCCGACUGUGAAGGAGGGAAUUUGAAACGUACGGGACAUGGGCAAAUGACGGGAGUCUGUGUGAACACCACAAAGACCUGUGAGGUGUUGGCUUGGUGCCCUGUCGAGGAUGAUCACAAAAUACCAGAUCCUCCUCUGUUGAUGUCUGCCGAAAACUACACUCUGUUCAUCAAAAACUCUGUAACUUUCCCCUUAUUUGGUGUCACAAGGAGUAACCUGGUGGAGGGUAUUGAUGCCGGAUACAUCAGCAAAUGCUACCAUGAUCCGGAGAAUGCUCCGCUGUGUCCAAUAUUCAGACUGGGAGACAUAGUCAAACUGUCUGGCUUUAAUUUUGAAACAAUUGCCAAGGUGGGAGGAGCCAUUGGCAUUGUGGUUGAUUGGACAUGUAACUUUGAUGUGGCUGUAAAACACUGUAAACCAAAGUACCACUUCCAUGGUCUGUAUGGAAACCCUGCUGAGACAGACAAAGCCAGAGCAUCAGUGGGCUACAACUUCAGGUAUGCAAAGCAUUAUUUUGAAGACAAACUUCAGAAAAGAACUCUUCUCAAAGUCUUUGGGAUCAGAUUGGAUAUCAUUGUGCAGUCUCUGGCAAGAAAGUUUGAUAUCAUCCCAACACUAACAGCUAUAGGCUCUGGAGUGGGCAUUUUUGGAGUGGCCACUGUUGUAUGUGACUUGGUGCUGCUCUAUCUCCUGCCUAAAAGAGAGUUUUACAAGAACAUGAAAUUCAAAUAUACAGAUUCACAUGCACAGGAUCCUGACUCAGAGGCAGGUAGCAUAGAGACAGAUGUAACUAAAAAAUGACCUGGGGGCAAAUGUUAAUGCCAGUGGCCGGGCUGCAUUCAAGGUUUCUGCACUGGAACCCUGCCCUUGACUGUGCAGACGACACACACACACAUUCACUGACUUAACAAAUGGACUUGAGUCCGUCAAACGACAUUGCUACUCCUGCAGCACCUCCUACCAACAUCCUCCCACUCUUAAAGCCAUCCUGAAAGACUAAGACUCUAGCUAUGGCCGUGUAGCUCAGCUGUAUGUGUACUUUAUUGGGCGUAGCUCAAUUUGCUUUUGUUCACACACUGGGUGUAACUGUUUUCCACAUCCGCACUGGUGAUAGAACACUUUCUGGCACUCCGCAGUGAUCCUGUGUGUACACACAUCACUAUCAUAAGUCAUCCAUUGCCGUGAAGGUCACAACCGGACACACACACGUGAUGCGUGGAUGUGCCACUGUCAGAGUAACUCAUCCUUUCCCAAGUGACUGCAAUAAAAGAUGUACAGUGAUGUUCCUGAUGUUUCACUUGUCUCACAGUGGAAGUGGUUGAACAGAAAUACACCAAAUACAAAAUAUCCAAAAUGUAAUUUUCUUUUUUUUUUAUUGUCUAUGAUUAUGUGUAGGUGUAUAAAAGCAAGCAAAAAAUUGCUUCUUUAUAUAUAUAUUGGUACAUAUUUACAUUGCAAAAACUGCAUUCCAUAGGGAUGUGCCAUGCGUCUGUUUUCAUACGACUGACCUAUGCAGGCGGGUGAGCACAUUCAGAGGAGCACACAAGACUGAAACAUCCAGAAACGUUAACAACACCUUCAACACAGAUAUCAGGACAGUUACAUAAGAUACACAGCAGCCACUCGAACGGCCCCUGACUUCAUGUGCUCACUCGCUCUCCCACAGUCCUCUGUCACCCGAAAUCAUGAGAAAUUAGGCAUUCACUUAGUGCCUCACUGCUGUCGCUGCACUAAGCUAUAGGGAAUUUCAUGUGAGCGACUUCUGGCAAAGCUGCAGUCCCCUACAUGUUUAAGACUGUUUUCUCUACCCAGGGACCUGCAGCAAAAUUAAUGAAGAGGGAGUUUUAAAAAAAACAACCAAGAUGAGAAAGUGUUAUGGAUUGUACCAGGAUCAGCUAUACUUUUUAAAUCAUGACUGGAAGAAGAUAUCUAAAAGUGGUUCUGGA